AUGUACGCCAAAGCUGCAUGUGACUUUGCUCUUACAUGGCGAAUCGCGCCGUGGGCCAGCAGGAUGACUCGCAGCGUAGAGCUGGAGAUUGGCUGA